ACAAGAGGGUCUAGUCACCCCUUUCCACAGUGAAAAAAUAUCCGUACUUCUGGAUCUUUCCGGUUCCGGGUCAUAUAAGUCAAUUGACGCAAAAUGGCAACUCGGUUGUUAGGAAUUGGGUCCGUUUUCUCUCGGAUUCGUUUGGGGUCAGCAUGUGGGUUUCGGUUCGUGUCUCAAACGCCAUCAGGUGCUGCUAGCUCUGCCACCAUAUCGAGCUUGCAGCCCGCCCACGUCAAGGACGUUCAUGAACACGGAGAGGUCAGCCCCUACGAAAAGAAUCCAGACUUCCAUGGAUUUUCUGAGGAUCCACAUGUAGACCAGUGGAACAUGAAAAUGGCCUUCUUCUUUGGGAUUUCCUUGGCCAUUGUUGUUGGUGGUACUUUCAUCCAUUACCUGCCUGACCAUGGAAUGAGGCAGUGGGCUAGAAAGGAAGCUGAACGGUUGAUCAAAGAGAGAGAGGCUGCGGGUCUUCCUCUAAUGGAUGAGAACUACUAUGAUCCCAGAAAGAUCACAUUGCCAUCUUCUGGUGAUGAAGAGUAACUUUCAGACUGGUUUUUGCUUUACAGAAUGGAUUUCAAAUUAUCUGUCUCAAACUUUCUCUUGAUGUGUGUAUAAAAUUUAAAAUAAAAUGAUAAACUAUAA